CCCAUGUGAGAAUGAAUCAAUGAAAUGCUCACGAGUUACAGGUGCACUUAUAUUCGUCUCUCUUUAUAAACUUAUCAGUAGUCUGUGUACUUCAUCAUAUCACUCUCGCUUUCUUUAGAGAUGGCUUCUCAGAUAACUUCAACUUUAUGUUGGGUCUUAGUCUUAACCUAUACAAUCACGACGUUCAUUAACUGCAACGUCGUUUACGGAUUAGCUCCAUCCUCCACUGAUCUUGAUUCUACCUGUAACUUCGUUAAAAGUACUGGUAGUAGUUGCAGCAGUUCUGUUAGUAAAGAAAAUGAAGAUGACCAUCAACAUGAUCAAUACUUAACUCAACGCAGAAACAACAGCAAAUCAGUUUAUUCUUGUCCGUCUUCUUCGUCGUUGUCAGAAACAACUUCAAUUUUAUUUAUGGCUAAGAACCCAGAGAUGGUAAAAUGGAUAAAAACUAUAAGAAGAAGAAUCCAUGAAUAUCCAGAACUAGCUUAUGAAGAAUUUGAAACGAGUCGGUUAAUUAGAACUGAGUUGGAUCGGAUUGGUGUCAGAUACCGAUUUCCAUUGGCUAAAACUGGUAUUAGAGCUUCUAUUGGAACUGGGAAUCCUCCAUUUGUUGCUGUUAGAGCUGAUAUGGAUGCUUUACCAAUUCAGGAAAGUGUUGAAUGGGAACAUAAAAGCAAGGUAGCUGGUAAAAUGCAUGCUUGUGGACAUGAUGCACAUGUAGCCAUGCUACUAGGUGCAGCCAAGAUAUUAAAAGCCCGCGAAAAUCAUCUCAAGGGAACUGUUGUACUAAUAUUUCAGCCAGCAGAAGAAGCUGGAAACGGUGCAAAACGGAUGAUUGAAGACGGGGCUUUGGAAAAUGUUGAAGCCAUAUUUGCUGCUCAUGUAUCUACUGAGCUUCCAACUUCAGUUAUUGGUUCACGUCCGGGUCCAUUACUUGCCGGGUGUGGUUUCUUUAGAGCUGUGAUAACUGGAAAGGAAGAGCAUGCCAGGAAUCCACACCGUCCUGUUGAUACAAUUUUGGCUGCUUCUGCUGCAGUAAUCAGUUUACAAAAUCUUGUUUCUCGUGAAGCAAAUCCGAUGGAUUCUCAGGUAGUAUCAGUGGCUUCAUUUAAUGGAGGGGAUAAUCUCGACGUCAUUCCUGAAUCAUCCGUCCUUGGUGGCACCUUCAGAGCAUUCUCAAACACAAGCUUCUACCGGCUGAGACAAAGGAUAGAGGAGGUAAUUGUACAACAAGCAAGAGUAUACAAAUGCUUAGCAGAAGUCGAUUUCUUUGAGGGUGAAAGUUUUUACCCUCCAACAGUAAACGACGACGAGAUGAAUGAGCAUGUGAGGAACGUAGCCGCUGGUAUGUUAGGUUCUAAGAACUUUCGAGUCGUUCCACAAAUGAUGGGUGCGGAAGACUUUUCUUUUUAUUCACAAGUCAUCCCAGCAGCCUUUUUCUUCAUUGGCGUGAUGAAUGAGCAAUUAGGCUCAAUACAUUCAGGCCAUUCUCCUUAUUUCAUGAUCGAUGAAGAAGCCCUUCCUGUAGGUGCUGCAAUGCAUGCUGAAAUUGCUGAAAGGUACCUCAGUGAACACUACCGAUGAGAAGUAAUAAAUUCACUACUGCCUGAAGAAUGUCUUUCAAAGCUAUUUUUAAGUUUUAACUUCUUCAAGUUUUUUGAGCAUCGAAGGUGUAACAUUGAAUGGGAUUUAUGGACAUUCUCUAACAAAUUGUAUCAUAUACUAUGUAAAAUUUUCUUUACGUUGUAGUAUAUACACAACUAAACAAGUCUACAGGGAAGUUUAAUUUGACUUCAAACUAGAUGUCAGGAAAUUGGCUUUAUUCCAAAA